AUGGCCGGAAUCAAUUUGAAUUUUCAAGCCUUCCAGGAAGCAGUUCAAGGACAACCUCACACCGACACCAACUCAUCAUCUCUCAACAUGAUGCCAAUUGAAGCUUCGCAGCAGUCGACGAAGAAGAAAGUCAAUGGCUUCUUCGGGUAUCGCGCGUACUACUCUUCGAUGUUGUAUCCGCUCACCCAGAGGGAGAAGUCACCCAUCAUGACAAAGCUCUGGAAAGCGGAUCCAUGCCGCAAGCAAUGGGAUUUUAUUUGCGCUGUAUACUCGGUCAUCAGAGAUUCCCUCUCGGAGGACGGUAUUACACUCCAGAACUGGAUUGCGUUCGCAGUUGAACAUUUCGACAUCAUUGAUCGCGACAGCUAUCUCGAAACUUUGGGCUGGGAACGGAUCCGGGAUGAGAACGGUGCCGAGACCGUGGAACGCGCCAACCCACGGAGCUUUAGCAGCCGCAUGCAGCCUAUGAGUGGACGGUGUCUACUCGAAAAAUGCAUCGCUGGUGGUCUCGAACUUUCCCAACCCGAGUCCAUAUACGCGAAGCUUUCUGGCGCCGGCAUCAUAUGCCUCAACACCCCCCAGGAUGCUGUCAUCGAAAACAUCCGGGAGCUCGCCAAACAGAGCCCUCGUGUUGCGAUGGGAGGAAUAUUCGGUAUCCCGCCGGAGCACCCAAGCCUCCAGGAAGUCACCACUCACUACGUUGAUAGCGUCGAGCCCAUCCUUGCACCCAUGCCGUAUCAGAUGGUUCAUCAUGGGACCGCGGGAUUUGACACAACGAUGGGUGGGAACUGGUGCGGGGAAGACGACGGAACGCUCAACCAUCAUGCUGGCCCCGGCCACCAGUUCUAUAUGCAUGGUGAGUGA